GACCUGCGUGCAUUGCAAGAACCCUAUCUGCUGAGUGAGGUCAUAAAUUAUGGUGUUUCCUUCCCCUGUGGAAGUGCAGUAUCCAAACACAAAAAUGUUUCUGCGAUCUCGUAAAAUUCUUCCUGAACUACCAAAGGAGCCAUGCACUCCACGAACGUUCUCAGAUUGUGAUUCUCCUAUAGCUCCACAGACUGCAGGCAAAGUCUUAAAGAAGGUGCAGUUGAAAUCUCCCAAGGAUGAGUCUGUGAUGACAUCUACCAAGAAGCUCACUCAGGGUCUGUUGCAAAAUCCCAGGGAUUACAUGGAAGAUGAAGGAUCCACACCACAAAUGAUUCUGAGGUCUCGUAAAAUGAAUGUUCAACCACAUAAAGAGUCACACACUCCCAUAAGAAACUCAGAUUCUGACAAUCCAGUAACCACACGGUUUGGAGGCAGAAGAACAAAGAGGGUGCAGCCAACAUCUCAUUGGAAUGGAUUUAUGACACCAUCCGUCAAGAAGAGUACCAAUUGUCUGUUGCAGAACUGCUUUGAAUCCAUGACUGAUGAAGAAGAAAAAGAUCUGGAAACCCCACUAAAAGAACGAUCUGUACGGGUUAAUUUCCAAAUGGAUGAAUCUUUCUCUGAGGAACAAGACAUUCUGUGCAGUAUAUUUUCCCCAGUACUUUGCUUCCUCUCACCUGAUGUCAGUGGCUCAGAUUGUAGCAGCUCCUCUUCUAGUAGCGAAGGCAGCAGUUCUUACAUUGUCGAACAGCCAUAUUUUAGCUCCCUCUGUGAAGAAGACCCAGAAGAAGAAUUUAAGUUAUCGCAAUAUAGCAGCAAUUUCGUCAACAAACUAUUGGAGAAGCAACAUCGAUGGAUGGAUAUCCCUUUGAAGACUCGCAACUCACCAAAAAAUACUCUUGUCCUGGAUCCGGAGAACAUCCUGGUCAGUAGUUCAUUGCUCCCAGACGACGAUCCAGACUACACAUUCCUCACUCCUUUUCAAGACAACUAUUACAAGUAUUAA